UUUACUACCGGCGCUAUUUUCUUUUUUGUUGUUGUCCCUGAUGUGAAUCUCUGCGCCCGGUGACGUCUGGGGUAGCUGGGCGUUGAAGGCUCAGAAACAAAAACAGUCAAAGGAUAUAGGAACUGAGCGGGGAGGCCAGCUCUGUGAGGGCAGAAUAUCCUAUCCCAUCAAUGCAGCAAUAAGCGGUGCCGGGAGGCGAUGUGCCCAGCACUGUACAUUAUCUGAACCCGUUAUAGCUGGCUAUUGGGUCACCAUGGCACUGGAGUGAGCGCACCCACAGCCUGGCAGCAGCAGCCCCUAUGUACAGACACUAAGGAACAACACAGGUAGGACACAGGCUGUAUUCUAGAACGGUGUGAUCUGUUACAGAAACACGAAUAACAUGUAUCAUGGCUGCUUAACUAAUAUAUAUAUGUAUGUGUGUUUUAUAACCCACCUCCUAUAGACUGUAAGCUUGUUUGAGCAGGCUCCUCUUCAACCUAUUGUUCCUGUAAGUUUUCUUGUAACUGUCCUACUUAUAGUAAAAAUUCCUCCCUUUAUAAUAUUGUAAAGCGCUAUGGAUAAUAAGCAUAAUAAUAUAACAUAUAGCUCCAACUGUGGACAUUACUAUAUAUAUAUAUAUAUAUAUAUAUUCAGUCCUUAGUCCUCCUCCGAUGCUCUCUAAUUGCUUUACUUUGUAUGGUUUAAGGUGUUUUUGUCUUUGUAUAUAAUCACUGUACCAGGUACUGGUUUGUUUAUUGUUUUUGUAAUUGGUUCUAAUCUGUUUUGUAUAUGAAGACUGUACAUUUCUCCUAAUACAGAGAUACAGUGCUUUGCAACUGGAUGGGGGAGAUAUAUAGAUAUAUAUCUAUAUCUAUAUAUCUAUAUAUCUCUGAAGUAUGUACCGUUCUCAUACAAGAGGUACAGUGUAGGCCUCUUUUUGUAGCAGAAAUAACUAGACAUUUUCUUUGCAAAUGAUCUCUGUAUGCUGUAUUCCAGUUUACUUAGACAAAGCUAUGCACAGGGUUUGAACUGAACUACAAGGUUUUUUUUUUUUUUGGUUAUUAAUCUGGUACAGAAAUCCACUGGAUUGGGGAAUUUAAUAGUCAUUAAAUACUUUAAAGUAAACAAGUUUUCCUAUAUAGCUUAAUUAAGGGUGGUAUCACUCUUACUAAGAGUUCGUGGUACUUUAAAGACACUCUAUUUUGCUUUUAGUAGGUGUUCAUUUGUUUAUCUAGGGAAAGGGCUUUGGGCUAGUUCUAAAUCAGCUGAUCUAUUCUCGAGUAAACAAACAAACGAAAUCCCCUAAUCCUCCCCUUAGGACAGCUUCCUUGCACUGUGUAGACGUGACUUAUAACCACUAUCCUGAUGAAAAACAAAGUGGGGCUAGGCUGAAUGUCUGAGCCCCUCCCCUCUCUCCUCCUUUUAGGAAGCUAAUUCUGCUCAGACUGACAAACACACCCACACAUCAGCUGAUCACUGCUUACUGAAAAAAGUGAAAAGGUUAUAGGUUGUUUAUUCUCCCUAUUUUUGGUUCCUUUGUCUUAGUUUUCAAGAUGAAGGACUUGGUAGCCAUGGAUAACACCAGUAAUGAGGCCUUCAAGCUAAUGAAACAACUGAAUGUGUAUCUGGAGCAAGAAUAUAAGUACCAGCCUAAGGAGAAGGGCUUGAUUCUCAUAGAAUCCACAGCAGAGGUGAGAACUAUGGUGUAAUGUUUUAUUCAUGUGGAAACCUAUUCUAUUAAACCCUAGCAAACAUCUUCAUAGAUUUAUAGGAAUCUGAUUUCCAUUGCUUAAUGUAACUUUCUUUCUUUUAUAGUUAAUCAUGUGUAUUCUCUCAUGUUGUCGUUUUUGUCAUACUGUUAUGUAUCUGUUGUUGCUAUAUUUGUAUAAUAACAUUGCAUUGACAAUUAUAGCUAAUCAAUGCGCUAGGUUCAUUGUAAGGGUUAUUGUCCUGUAGAAACUGUGUGCUUAGUUGAUCAUUACCAUUAGAAGGCAAUCUAUACAGUCUAGUUGCCAAAAAGCAUUUAUUUAGUUGUACAAUUUGCUAAUUUUUUUUUUUUCCUUCUUGUAGAAUGACAAUACUAUCUGUCCAAGAUUGAGAAAUGUGAAGGUUGAAGAUCUCUGGAGUCUAACAAACUUUUUUGCCCUUAGUAUGGAAACCUUUGUACUGUCUGUAAACAUACUGGACCGUUUCUUGGCAAUAAUGAAGGUAAAUGUACUGAUUUUCUUUUAUUUUUAAAUAAUUUGUACAUUUGGUGGGAUUAGUUUUUUGUUGUGCCUUAUUAAAAACCUAAUUGCAAAUUUUGGCAUUUGCAUUAUUUUACUAAUGCCAUUUUGUCCCCUCUCUCCUUUUUUGUAGGUGAAACCUAAGCACUUGUCCUGCAUUGGGGUCUGCUGCUUUCUGCUGGCUGCUCAGGUUGUUGAAGAAGAAUGCAAUAUUCCAUCCGUCCAUGAUAUCAUUCGUAUCAGCCAAUGUAAAUGCACUGUGUCAGACUUGAAACGAAUGGAGAAGAUAAUAUCUGAAAAACUGCACUUUGAAUUUCAAGCUACCACUGCCUUAACGUUUUUGCACUUGUACCACACAAUAGUCCUGUGCCACUCCUCUGAGAGGUGAGUGUAUGCAUCCUAACUCUUGAAACUUUUUUGAUUGCGUUGGUGCAGCUUUGAUGAUAAAGAACAUUUUUAAUAAGCUAGGCAAAUGACAUGUCACUUUUUUUUUUUUUUUUUUUGUAGCUUUGUGCAUAUUGCAAUUAUGUAAUGUAUUGAAAACCCCUUUUUAAACCACUGCAGGAAAGAACUAUUGAAUCUUGAGAAAUUGGAAGCUCAGCUAAAAGCCUGCAACUGCCGACUUGUUUUUUCUAAAGCAAAGGUGUGUAUUUUGUGUCAUUACCUUAUUUCUGGUGAUGUAAGAAUAGUGCUUUACUGUAUCGCCCAAUGUAUGUACAUAUAGGAACCUGCAGAAUGCAUGUUGCAGCUCCUUUUGCAUGACAUUGGUGGAGAAAUGUGAAAAUAGUCUUCUUCUAAACAUGAAAACUCCAAUUAUUAAGAAGGGGGGAAAAAAAGUCCUAAACUUAGAGUUGGGGCAGUCUCCUCACUGCAGCCCAAUCCUCUGCUGGAGCCAUAAAGUCUGACCUGUGUCCAAUCAGUUGCUUCUCAUACAGAAAUAUUAAGCACACGUGGCGCUUAUGACCAGUCUGCCAAUCCAUUGCUUGGAAUUUGCAAAAUGUAAACACUGAUGUUUCUUGGAAACUGCACUGUUUCAUUUGCAAGGCUUUAGGAGUGGUAUCUAUGCACCCUUACAAAAAUAAUGCAUAUGACCUCUGGUGGAAAAAGUAGCAUUGUGUCACAGUAAUUUAAAAACAAAAUGUUUCCCUAAUUCUCCCAGAAUUUACAACUCCAAUGCAAAUGAGCAUCCUGUAUGCUCCAUUAGAAGUGAAACUGUGUGCUGUAGUAUAUAUUAAAUGUGUAUAUUUUCUUUUUCCCCUUUAGCCCUCAGUAUUAGCUCUGUGCCUUUUGACUAUUGAAGUGGAAACCUUAAAGUCUCUGGAACUGUUUGAAAUUGCUCUGCGUGUCCAAAAACACUCAAAGGUAAGGGCAAAUGGUAUGCCCUAGUAAUGAAAUGCACAAGGCAACAAUGAUAGAAACGUGACAGAUGGUACCUAGUUAAAAGUGGUUUACUGAAAGAUACAAAUAUAUAUAUAUAUACACACACAUAUAUAAUGUGUGCUUUAUUUAUUUUUUUAAAUUUUUUUUUAAAUGCAGCCUCCCUAUGGCUAAGAGUUUUGACAUCUCUGAUAAACAGCAAGGCACUUUCCUGUUCUGCUGCAUUGAUUUGCUAAGGUCAUUUUAGUUAUGAUCCCACCCACAUUUGGUGUGGAGAAGGCAUCACUAUGUUUAUUCCUUAUUUAUACAUUGUAAGGUUUCUACAAAAGUAACAAUUUACUGAAAUUGUUGAUAUUACAAAUGAUCUCUCCACUGACAAAAUUCAUGAUAAUCUUGUCACUUUUCAGGUGUCAUUCUCUACUUAACCCAUGUAAAGUUAUACACUAGGUACAAUAUUGAAAUUCAAACGAUAUUUAGGCAAAAAUGGCUGAUUUUUUUUUUUGAGGAAUUUCUCACCUUGACUGUAGUCACAUCUUGGCUAUUUUUGCCAUUAUAAUUAACUACAAUUCAGAGCUGGCUUAUUGUUCAUCACUCAUUGCAUUAUUUUAUAUGUAAAUUGUUUCCCAUGAGAUGGUUAUACAAUUAUUUUUUUUUUUUUUUUUUUUGUAAAUUUUUCUAUGAAUGUUAAUUUCAGGUUAAUGAUGCUGAUAUGCUGUACUGGAGGGAGCUGGUAUCUAAAUGCCUGGCAGAUUAUUCAUCUCCUGAAUGCUGCAAGCCUGAUCAUAAGAAACUUGUGUGGAUUGUGUCCAGGCGCACUGCUCAGAACCUUCACAACAGUUACUACAGUGUUCCGGAACUGCCUACUAUUCCUGAGUGUGGCUGCAUGAAUGAGAGUGAGAGGUAAAACAAAAGUUUUUUUUUUUUUUUUUUUUAACAACCACAACAGUUCAAUAGUUUUUUGUUUAUAGAUUUGUAUCUGAAGCAAAGCUUCAGAUUUGUAGUCAAUGCUACUAGAUAGACCUUAAAAGUAGUAUUUGUCAUCUCAACUGUAUUGGGGGGGAUUAAGUGUGUUCUGAUUUUAUACUUUCUGUAUAUACUUGUAUUUUAUAUUUAUUACAUAUAUAUAAUUUUGUUUCCCCCUAAUAUUAGUGAGGACUCAUGUGAAGAUAUGAGUAGCAGUGAAGAUUCAUUAGGCACAUCGCCUCCCAGUGAUCUUGAGGCAUCUUUCUUCUUUGAUCACAAGCCAAAACUGAAGCGUCGCACACGUCACCUUUACCCUUUGUAACAAAGGGUGGAAAUAAUUGUAUGCAUGCCAAGUAGUCUUAAUUUUGUGUGUAUUGUAUGAAGAUGUGGAAGAAAUGGUAGCUGCAUAGCUCACUUUUCAAACCUUUUAACUCUUACGGUUUGCCAAUGGGUUUUUAAAAUCUAAACAAAGUUUAAAUACUGUUGCAAAUAUAUUGCUAUGUUUUUUUUUCUUUUGUUUUAAAUUCAAAAAAGCAGUUUUCUUACAAAAGCCCAUUGUUAACUUAUUUCAUCUGUUGGGCUAUGCACUUUUUUUAUUUUUUUUUGGAAAUGUAAAACUACUCGCUAGUUAUGUGGCUUUUCUGAAAUUUAUUUUAAAAAAAUACUUUCAGCAGUUUAAAUGAAAAAGUUAUUUUAUUAUACAAAAGUUCCCAUUUGUUUUGGCUGCCUCUUCCUCAUAUUCAAGAUGGAUGCUUUUGUUGAAUUUGCAGUACUGUUUAAUGUUAUCAUUAGCUACAUUCCUUUCUAAGAAGUUUAAUGUUUAAACUUUUAUAAUGAACAAACAAAAAAUAUCUUCAUAUGCAUGGCUAUUAUGUUAAACAACCUUGAAUUUGUAAGUACCAAGUAAAGAUAAUGUGAUGCUUGCCUACCUUGGUGGUAUAUUUUGCUGUGGAGACUAAUGGUGUUUUUUGGAAACACCUAAACAAAGCAGACGUUACCAAAGUGCUGCAUUUUAGAAGCUAAAGGACAUAUCAGCAAAUACUCAGUUAAUGCCUAUUUACACUAUUCAGUUUUUACUGUGCAGUUUUUCUAACUUUUUUCCUUUAUAUGAAAGCACAAUGGAAAAAUCUGUAUACAGAUAUGACAAACUUCCGGUUUAAUUGCCAAACUAGGUGGAUACAUAUGCAUAGCUUUCUCACUCAGUCCUAUUCUAGUAGCUAGAGAAACUACUGCUCCUUAGUCUGGUGUGUUACCAGUCCUUCCAGUGUUCUAGACAGAUGAAGACUAACUUGGCAUUCCAGAGGUCUGUGAAUAUAUUUCCAUGGAUGUUCAACAAACCUAAAGGGUUGCUAUAAGGGUAUAAUAUGAUCUAUAACUUGGUCAUCUUUGGGUGGGGGGCAUGGCUGGCCAUCCAUGUUACAGUUAAUUAGCACGUUUUUUAUAUAGGCUUGCUUGUCUUUUUACGAGUGACUGGAGACCCUUCCAAAUUGUCUAUCCAUGUGCAAUAUAUCACAAACCCCUUUUACACUCAAGGGCUUAGAAAGCGAACUCAAAAACAGCAUUGUUUUUAAUUGUUGCAAGAUGUGGCCUUGUGAAAAUGCUUUAAUUUCUAAGUAUUUUUGGUACCAACUGUGAUUAGUGAACACAUUAAACAGAAACAAAUGUGACUAACCUAGAGGUGCUUGUAAUAUAGAUGUGGUGCUGUAAGUAUUAUUGUUUGUACAGUUUUGUUGGAUAAAAAGAAAAUGUACAGAAAAAAAUGUAAAUUACAAAAAAUGUACAGAAAAAUGUAUAAAACCAAAAUGCAGAGAAAAAAAUGUAUUUUUUUUACAUGUAUGUAGUGUUUUUGUUAAAUGUCAUGUAGAUAUUAAUUUAUUCCAUUUGGAUUCUAUUGCAUAUUGGGCUGUUGUGUGCCUUUCUACAUCAGUCUUAACCAAUUAAAUAUUUUAUUUGGAAA